AUGCCCAAGUGCCCGCGCUGCCAGAAGGAGGUCUACUUCGCCGAGAAGGUGACUUCKCUGGGCAAGGACUGGCACCGGCCCUGCCUGCGCUGCGAGAAAUGCAACAAGACGCUGACGUCGGGCGGCCACGCGGAGCACGACGGCAAGCCCUACUGCAACCACCCCUGCUACGCCGCCCUGUUCGGGCCCAAAGGCUUUGGACGGGGGGGAGCCGAGAGCCACACGUUCAAGUAAACCCCAGGUGCGACGGCCGGCGCUCCCGGUGCAGCCCGAGGACAGCGCGAACCCACCGCAGUGGGCAGGCCUUUCAAUUCACCCUGUAGCAGACUAGCACCUUAAAAGCACUAAAUUACCUAGGGAUGGAGCUGGUGCGGAGAGGGGCUCCGCUCCUCCAUCCGGAGAGCUGCGGCGGAGCCCGGACACGUCRUUGGGUAGGGAGUUUGGCUGGUGUCACCCCAGGCCUUGAGGAGAGGAGCCCGCACCCAUCCAGCCACCACCCAGCCCCGCUUCUGGCAGCCGGCUCCCGCGGCGGGACCUGCGCCUGUAUUCCCGAGCUGCAAUAAACUCCAAGACGCU